UAGCUGGAACGGGAACAAGGGCCAUACUGGUUCUUGUCUGCGCAUGCGCACUUCGAAGCUGCAAAAGGAAGACACUGAAUUGUUUGGUUGUUGACUACAGGCGAUAACAGCAUCAGAAGAAAGAUGUCCGGAUUCCUGGAUGGUAUUAGAUGUGGGGAUUGUGAAUGCAACAUAGACUGGGCAGAAAAAAGAAACACCAUUGCCUCAAUAGCAGCUGGAGUAUUGUUUUUCACAGGAUGGUGGAUCAUCAUCGAUGCGGCAAUAAUGUACCCCAAAGAGCAGGACUUUCACCACGCGUACCAUGCCUGUGGGGUCAUCGCCACUAUUGCGUUUCUAAUGAUCAACGCCGUGUCAAAUGGGCAGGUGAGAGGUGACAGCUACAGCGAAGGCUGCAUGGGACAGACAGGUGCGAGAGUGUGGCUCUUUAUCGGCUUCAUGCUGGCCUUUGGUUCACUCAUUGCUUCCAUGUGGAUUCUCUUUGGAGGCUUUGUUGUGCCUGCAAAGGAUGCGGUGUAUCCUGGGAUUGCGGUUUUCUUCCAGAAUGCCUUCAUCUUCUUCGGGGGUCUGGUGUUCAAGUUUGGACGCACAGAGGACCUGUGGCAGUGAAAAGUCCCUCCCUGACCAUCACACACCCCUAAAUCAGUCUAUACUCUUUCUCUUUUCCCUAUUUUUCCCUCAUUGCCGCUUUCCCCCAUUCACAAGCACAUGUGUUGAGAUAGAUAGAUGUGGUGAGGAGCUGCAUUUUCCAAAUCAAGCGUGACGGAUCCAGGCUCCGAAUUCCAAAGUACUGGGCGUUUUUUUUUUUAACAUGUCAGGUGUAAGAAGGAAAUCGAGAGAAAGAGACGGGGAAAACUGACGUAGUGAACAUCGACACCCUGCACUCCUGUUACUCCUGUUAUUGACACGUUGCACUGUUCUUUUACCUCACAUUUAGUUUAAGGUGUUCCCUUGACUGUGUUUUAGUUUCUUCGUUCACGCUUGGUUCGUGUUGCGGCCUGGGAGAACUCUUAUUGGUCAGAUUUAAACACACACAGGCUCUUGAAGAGAACUAAGUUUCUUGUAUUGAAAGCUUUCCGAUGAAAAUGACCCCUUUUCCCUCUACAUCCAUCAGCUACAUCACCAACAUCUUAUCACCUUUUCUUCAUCGAAUUUUCUGUUUUCUCUUAAACUUUGGUAAGAAAUGAUCGAUUCCUUUCCUCCACUCACUUCUGUCCAGUAUAUUGAAUAUCUAGGUGUAUUUAGAUCUCCUUCUUCACACUGUAGCCACAACUCCAAGUUUUUUAAAACCGCCAUACAUAUUUACCACAGUCAGAGGAAGUCAUCAUCUGUGUUCCACUGGGAUACAUAAGGAGUUUACCUGCAUGACCAUUAUGUUCUGUUAUGCUUCCACACUCGCUUUUGGAAGUUUGGGGGGGGGUAAACACGUGUGACAUCCAUUUAUAUCAUUUUUUUCGCUACUUGUAUCUGAAAAUGUAAAAUCCAACUCUAUCCAUUGAAAAACACCUGUAAAUGGAUGCAAGGUAACAUUUUCACUUGGGUCUUUUUCUAUUUUUUAUUAUUUUGCUCUGAUUGUUUUUUUUAUUUGUCACCAAAUCAUAAGCAUCCAGUCAGAUUUUCCUAUUGUAUACACAAAUACAGUUUCUUGUAAUGGAUAAACAGCAAAUGCCCCCUUUUUUUUUUUUGCUAUUAUGUGAUAUAUAUAUAUAUAUAUAUAUAUAUAUAUAUAUAUAUAUAUAUAUAUAUAUAUAUAUAUAUAUAUAUACACACACACACAUAUUUUGCUUUACGUUUGCACUCUAUUUAUGUUACACGGCUGCUGUACAGCAAAAGACGUCAUUAAAAGCAAGCACAAAGGAAAAAAAAAAAAGAAAAUGCAGCCUGUCCAGCGCUGAUCCAUUUGAAAUGUUUGUUAAAUCAAAACACUAGAGGAAUGUAAUUUCUAAUUUUGUCUAACAAUUUGUUGUUUGGUUGGGGGUUUUUUUUGCAACUGUAUUUGUCGAAAUAAAAAAAAUUACCCAAAA